AUAUUAGAUUCUAAUAGAUACUAGCAAAGUUAGUGGUACCUAGUUGUGAAACCUUGGGAGGUGUGAUAGGAGCUUUUCGCUACAUCAUAUAAACAUAUAAACAGAAGGAUUCUUUUGUUUUUAUAAAGGAUUGGUUCCUUCAAUCUUCAGCAUAAUUGUCUCCACCAAGUGCAGUGUUUUUUGGAGUUCAAUUGACCUGAAAGAAAGCAAAGAAUCAAGGAUAUGAAGCAGCAAGGAGAUGAAAUGAACAAUUUUGAACAGUUAGAGUUGGGCCAAUGAGAACUUUAUUACAUGGUGCCAUUUCUAGUGCUUGUGUUGAGGUAGCUACUUACCCUUCUGAAGUUGUGAGAAGACAAUUACAGUUGCAAGUUGGAGCAAAUAAAAUGAAUGUCUUAGCAACAUGUGUAUGUGUAAAGAUUGUUGAAAAUGGACGUGUUUCAACUCUUUAUGCAGGACUUAUUCCUAGUUUACUUCAGGUAAUUUAAAAGUAUGAGUUGAUUUAUAGGAAAUGAUAUAAUCGAAUUUGUGGUGCAAAGACUGGGCGGGAAUUUAAGUCAAAAGACAUCCCUGGUAAAGACACGUGGCAAGUUGGAGGUGCAAAAGAGGGACACGUGGCGUGCAAAGUACUUU